GUAUAAUUUACAGUUUGGGUUAUAUUGGCUUUUCGAAUUUAAAGUUGAGUUUUUUUCUGAGUCCAAACUGUUGUUUUGUUUUAAUUUUUUUUAGUGUUAUUUUCAUAAUAAUAAUAAAAAAACUAAACCCUCCCAAAGUAGUUGUUCGCAUUUAUUUCAGUAAUCCCUCCCUCCCCCGUUUCUCACGCAAUGGUGGGCUCGACACCGUCUCAAGUGUUCUCUUCCUUCUAAGUUUGUAUUGGAGGACGUCAUAAAACUAUAUAUUUAGGAGGGUGUAUAAACGACUGCAUAGCGCGUUCUGGUAUUGAAUGCACCAGAGUUCACUCACCUCCUUUCUUGUGCGUAAGCGAGAAAGAGAGGGCGUUGCGGUUGAGGCGGCCUCCAAAGCUCCCUGCAGGGAUCCAACCGAGGGGGCUGAGAAAGGGGGUCUGCAGACAGGCCCUGGGGGCUCGGAUCCCGAUUUCGAACCACAUCGGGAGGAGAUUCAGUGCUUUUUGGAUGCGGCGGAGAAGCCCGGCGCCGUGAACAUGGCCAAGCUAUUUCAGGCCGAGCCCUUUCAUCCGUUGGAGGGGAUGCUCGCGUUGUGGCCGCGUUUGUCGGACGAAAAAGGCGCUUCCAGGCCCGCGGCGUCGGUGCCCUAUGCCGUUGUGGUGGACAUCCUGGUGGAUAUCAGCAGCAUGAGCUCCCGGCUCGAGUGUGUGCGGCUGCUCACGCGGCUUUUUCAGGCUGUCCUCGCGCGCUGCCCGGGCGACCUGGCCGCGGUGAUUUAUUUAAUUAUAAACAAACAGGCCCCGCAGCAUGAGGGCGUCGAGCUGGGGAUCGGGGAUGCGGUUCUGGUGAAAGUGGUCGCGGAGUGCUGUGGGAUGACAGAGGCAAGAACCAGGGAGGAAUACAAGCGCACCGGGGACCUGGCCGAGGUCGCCCAGGAUCACAAACAGAAGCAGGCAACCCUCAUGACCCCAACACCUCUUUCGGCGCGCGACGUCUUCAACGCUUUCCGAGAAAUUGCGUUUAUGAGUGGAAAGGACAUGGUGCGGCGACGGGCGGACAUUAUUAAGCGUCUGCUCCGAAAUGCGCAAGGCCCCGAGGUCAAUUUGAUCGUACGGUCACUGCAGCAGAAGAUGCGCAUAGGGUUGGCCGAGUUGUCGGCCUUGACGGCUGUUGGCUACGCCUUUGCGCUAAACUUUUUAGGUCCGCAGUCGGAACUUAUGCGACCUGAGGAACUGCAGGCGGUUCUUCAUGCGAGUUCAGCCAGCUUCUGCCGGUUUUUCUUCGAGGUUCCCAGCUUAGAUGUUGUCGUGGCGGUGGUGCUGCGGCACGGCUUUAUGCUACUUCUUCCCGGGACAGAUGUGGCUUCCACGCACGCCAAGGAGUUAUCGAUUCGCCCGGGAUUACCUGUGAAGCCGCAGUUGGCGCACCCAACCGCCGGCAUCAGCGUUAUUUUAGACCGUCUCCAGGGGAAGUCUUUCACUACGGAGUACAAAUAUGACGGCGAGCGUGCCCAAAUUCACUUUCAGAGGGAAAACGGCUACCAAAUAUUCUCCCGCAACUCCGAGAACCACACGGGAAAGUAUCCGGAUGUCAUUUCCAUGUUUUCCGCCACGUUUUUUGCGUCCCAGGUGGAAUCUUUUAUCAUCGAUUCUGAGAUCGUGGCUGUGAGUCCGGAGACCGGGGCCCUACAAGCUUUCCAGGUGUUGCAGCACCGAGGGCGUAAAAAUAUAGUGGAGAAAGAUGUCAAGAUCCCUGUGUGUGUCUUUGCGUUUGACAUUCUCUAUUUUAAUGGGGAAUCCCAACUUCACAAGACGCUGCAGGAGCGAAGAGCCGUUUUGUGGCAAAAUUUCAACCCCAUCGAGCGAAAGAUGAGUUUCGCCGAAUACCUAGACAGCGACAACGUGGAAGAUAUCCAAAAGUUUCUCGAGAAGUCCAUCACGGACGGCUGUGAAGGCCUCAUGAUUAAGACUCUUCUAGAUGAUGCAGCCUACAUCCCGGCCAGGCGGUCUUACUCCUGGCUGAAGUUAAAAAAGGACUACAUGGACGGCGUCACCGACACGCUCGAUCUCGUCCCCAUUGCGGCCUAUUACGGUAAGGGAAGACGCACUGGGGUCUACGGAGGGUUUCUUCUCGCCUGCUACGAUGGGGAGUCCGACGAAUAUCAAAGCAUUUGCAAGGUCGGCACCGGCUUCCAGGACGCGGAGCUCGAGACUCUCACGCAGUCGCUUCAGUCUGCGGUACUUCAGGAGAAGCCGGGCUAUUACCGCGCUAAUACCCUUGACGUGGAUGUUUGGCUUCGGGAGUCGCAGGUAUGGGAGGUGAAGGCGGCCGACUUGUCUAUUUCACCCGCGCAUUGUGCGGCCAUCGGUUUAAUUGACCCCAAUCGUGGUGUCGCCUUGAGGUUUCCACGCUAUAUACGCGUGCGAGAGGACAAAAAACCUAUGGAUAGCACUUCUGCGCAUCAGGUGGCUUACAUGUACCGAUCUCAAACUUUGGCGAUUCAAAAGGAAGGAAAGCAUGAGUCCGAUGACUUCUAG